AUGGUUCAACAGCACGUGCAACAGGAAAGAAAGGGACCUAGCCUUUUUCCUCUGCCAACUCAGAAACAAAAUUUACCUAACCAUACUGCGAAAGUGUUUGUGGCAUUAUAUGACUAUAAGGCACAAAUUGAUGAAGACCUUAGUUUCAAGAAAGGAGAGCACUUGGAGGUCAUCAUUGACACCCAGGGUGACUGGUGGUAUGCUAGGAGCAAGGCCACCAAGGAAGAAGGAUUCCUUCCUUCCAACUAUGUGGCCAAACUCAAGCCAAAUGAAGCUGAUCCGUGGUACUUUGGAAAUACAAAGCGAACGGAAGCUGAGAAAAAGCUCCUCUUACCAGAGAAUGACCAUGGAGCGUUCCUCAUACGUGAUAGUGAAAGUAGACCCAAUGACUACUCUCUGUCUGUAAAAUAUGAUGAUACAGUGAAGCACUACCGGAUCAAGCAACGCGAAGAAGUAGGAUUCUUUAUUGGCAAAAAGAAUGCUUUCGGAACUCUCCAAGAAUUGGUGGACCAUUACUCCAACGAUGCUGAUGGGCUAGGUUCUGAGGUACCAGAACUUCAUGGCCAUCGGCAUUCCAGGUGCAUGGCUUAUCCACACCCCUACAUCCACACCUACAUCCACACCUACAUCCCCUGCUUUGAUGUAGGACCUGGGGAGAGAUCCCAGGUCUGA